GUUAUGAAUAUAGGUGCUAUCAUUGAUGUUAAUUCCCGCAUAGGCAAAGAAGAGAAAAUCGGCAUGGAAAUUGCGGUUCAGAACUUCAACAAAACGUCCAAGACUCACAAACUCUCCCUCUCUAUCCAGCAUCCUCAUAGAGUAACUUCUAUUGCUGAAGAGAUGAUUAAAGAGAAGAAGGUGAAUGUGAUUAUCGGCAUGCACACGUGGCAGGAAGCAGCUGUGGUAGCAGACAUGGGAAAUGAAGCUCAAGUUGCUGUUAUUUCAUUUGCAGCACCCGCCAUUAACCCACCGCUGAUGCAACUCCGUUGGCCUUUCUUAAUACAAAUGGGUAAAAAUGGUUCUGAAGAAAUACAAUGCAUUGCUCAUAUUGUUCAAGCGUACAAUUGGAAAAGGGUCGUGGCGAUUUAUGAAGAUGAACCCUAUGCCGGUGAUUCUGGGAAGUUGGAACUUUUGUCGGAGGCUCUCCAAAAUGUGGGUUCGGAGAUUGAGUACCGUUUGGUUCUUCCACCAUUUUCUUUUCUCUCUGAUCCGGUAAGAGUCGUCCAAGAAGAGCUUGAUAAGCUACUGCCAAUCCAAUCUCGGGUUUUCAUAGUUCUUCAGUCAUCAUUAGAGAUGGUGACUCAUUUGUUCAGCGAAGCUAAGCCGAUGGGACUUGUAGGGAUGGACUCGGCAUGGAUAAUUGCAGAAAGCAUUACAAAUUUGCUGGAUUCUGUUAACAACUCCGUUAUUUCCUCCAUGGAAGGCGCGUUGGGAAUCAAGACCAACUAUUCUGAGAUCAGCAGGCAUCAUCAUUUUUAUUCCCAGUUCCGGAAUAAUUUCAGAAGUGAAUAUCCGGAAGAAGAUAAUUCUGUGCCUGGAAUUUAUGCCCUGCGGGCAUACGACAGCAUUGGAAUUGUUAUAAAUGCGAUACAGAAAAUGGGAAGUCCAAAGAUGUUGUUAGAGAAGAUGUUAUCAAGCAAUUUCUCUGGUUUAAGUGGAAAAAUACGUUUCGAAGAAGGCCGGCUGUCGGAGACUCCGAUGUUGAGGAUCGUAAACGUGUUUGGGAAGAGUUACAAAGAAAUAGAUUACUGGAAAACAGGGUAUGGGUUUUCGGAAAACCCAGCUGACAUAGUAGAAAAAGAGAAAAAUGGAAGUAGUAAUAUUGCUGAUAGAGCUAGAAGAUUGGCCGGUCCAGUAACUUGGCCUGGGAACUUACAACAUCGUCCUCCGAAAGGUUGGGAAAUGCCGACAAAUGCAAAGCCACUGAAGAUUGGAGUUCCGGGGAGAACAACGUUCGAGAAGUUUGUGAAGGUCGAGUAUGGAGAGACACCAAAUCAGAACAAAUAUGAUGGUUUUUGCAUUCAAAUUUUCCAUGAGGUGCUAAACCUUUUAGAGUAUCACCUGCCUUACGAAUUGGAGCCCUACAAUGGCACCUACAACGACCUGGUUCAACACGUCUAUAACAAGUGUGGAGAGUUGAACUUGAGCUCCACAGAAUAUGGCUCAAGUGCCCGUGGUGGUGCAAGUAUAGGACUUUCUUUAUAG